AUGGGCGAGGAGACUGAUGUGUCUGGCCGGAUACCUGGAAACUCUCAAGGAGGCAACCCCCAAGAUCCAGAAUCAUUAUUGCCGUCUCCAAACAUCGGUGACAGCCUCCUGGACGACUGGACCUUGCAUCUCAACCAAGUUCAACCGCCUUCUCUAUCCCUGACACCCGCCAACACGGCCACCAAUCAACAGCCAUACCACAACAACUUCUCAAAUCCAGAUUCCCUUCAAACUAGUAGGGUAUUCCGUCCCACCCAGCUUUCCACUUCGGACACGAUCCGGCAACCAUCUUUAAAAUUUCCUCUUUCCGGGGGCCUUCGAAAUGACCUAUCGGGUGAUAUUGAUUCCAAAGCAACCAAGGAUCCUAUGGCUAAUGAUACGCCCCUCGGACCACGGUUGCUGGCCCAGUCUGUUCCAAGGCCAUUUUCACGAUCGGACUCUAACGGCGUGAUGGAAAGGAGCAGUCCCCGCACUCGGAGAACGUCUAACCCUAACCCCUCAAAAACUAAAGGACACCAUUCGAGACGUCAUUCCAGAACACAUUCGGAGGUGCUUCGGGACGACACAAACGGUGCUCGCCAAGCAGCCUAUCCGACAUCUCAUCGAAUCAGUCUCCCUCUUACGCCUAAAGGAGUUACUGGUUUCAAUCAAGUCGCAAGCCCGCCGACCUCGAGAUCGACAUCACUCCCUCGACUUAAACCGACAGCCAGCGAUCGUCGAGCUGCUGCGGGUGCUCUUCCUGAACCAUCCUCUAUUCGCCCUGUUCCGCUCCCAUCUUCCCUAAAGCAUCCUCAACGUGCUUCCCCGCAUAUAUCAGAAGAUCAAAUCUGGCAUGCCAUUGGCAAGAGGAAAGAUAGAGUAGAUCAUGACAACACCGGCGGCCCGGCUGAGGUAGUUGAUGCUGCACUUCCAAGAAGCAUUCUCAAAUCAACAACAUCUACGCUGGGUUCCGCGAAUGGUUAG